AUGGAAAAUCACUUCACAACAAAGAGGAACACAUUCCUCACACCGACGGCUACAGACAACCGAACAUUUGUGUGCACCGUCUGCGAAACCGAAAGAGUGUUAGGGUCCUUGCAAGGCCUCAGAAGACAUUAUACAAAAAAACAUCCAAACGAAAUGGGGGAGUAUGAGAAACUUCUAAAAAGAAGACCUGCUAUGUUUGAUGGCCCUUCUUCUUCUGCAAGCACUGCCACUGCCACUACCAACCUGAACAGUAAUAAUGAACCUGCCCCAAUGGAAUUUAUUAUUGAAAACCCUCAGGACACAUAUGGCCAUGAAAUCUCUGACGAAGACGAAUAUAGUGAUGAUCACAUUCUAUCUGAUUCAUCAGAUGACUAUGAUGAGACCACUGAUGACGAAGACACGGACACCAGAGUAGAAUAUGAUAGCCAGGAUCAUAUCGCUAGAAUGGCAGCAGAAAUGAGAACCUUCCAAUCUCUUUCUCAUGCCAUGAAUGCCUACUCAAACGAAGACAGCAGCAGACAGACAUUGUACCGGCCCGAUGACUUUGCUGACAUUUUUACUGGACCCACCCGUCCGUUUAAAUCGAAAGUAGAGUUUAUCUUACAUGCUCUCUUCUACGGCAAUGAAGAUCUUGCCUCAGAAAGAUCUAUCAAGAAGAUAAUGUUUGCCAUGAAGAUGGUCUUGGACGUCCGUGAAGAAUCUGGAGUAGCACUAGAUUUUCCGACACCAAAUGCUGUGAUUAACUAUCACAAGCAGAAAAAGAACCAGAUCCCUGUUUUUCCUACUGCCAGUUUCGAUGUUGUGAACCAAGACAAUGAACGACAUGUACUUUGGAUGAACAAACCGUCCGAUUACAUCAAGUUUACCAUGACAUGUCCUGGAAAAUCAUCUCAAAUCUCGGCCCUUCCUGACUUCACAGAAAACCAGUGGUUGAAUCUCAACCAAGGCGAAAAGUGGAAGGAGAACCCAUUGCUCCAGCACCCGAUGAUCACUUCAAACAGAAUGGACUACUGGGUGGGUGAUGUUGUCAAAGUCCAAGGCUCCCCGAACUGGUAUCUCCUUGAGAAGUUCUUCACCAAGGAUGGAUCAAUACUUGCCAAUGCGUUCCAGGUUUAUGGUGGCCACGAUCCUCGGCUGAACCAUCCUGAUGAUACACACUUCCUGCGGUUUGGAAACUCUACGAACUUUGCUGUCUCUACCCUGAAGUAUACCAUUGAAGUUGAUAGGAUUAUGUCUACUGUUCAAAAAGACAGUGAUCUUUUCCUCGGACGUGGUUUCUCUGUUUCUUAUUGCCCUGCCAAAAUUGUCACCUAUGCUCUUACUGGUGUUCAAUCUGACUUGUGGCUCAACAAAUCCCGUGUUGAAGAAUUCAAGAGAAGACACUGCAAAAAAAAUGCCCGAUUCCCAUACGUGAUAGGAUGUAAAAUUCUGUGUGAUUUUUGA